AUGUCACUCAACCUGGCGUCCCCCUUCUCCCCGCUGCCGAGCUACCUCCUCGGCACCGGCCUGACCUUCGUCGGCCUCCUCGGCUUCGUCCGCCCGCUCGCCGUCUACGACGCCUUCGGCAUCGCCCGGCCCCGCUCCGCCGAGCCCGAGGCCUUCAGCUACGCGAAAUCCGCCCGCGACCUCGCCACGGGCGCCCUCUUCGUCCUGCUCGAGACGUACCAGGAGGGCAGCGGCAACGAGGACGCCGUCACGGCCCUGUUCGCCGUGACGGCCUGCGUCGGCGUCGCCGACUGGUGGAUCGUGGGGGCCGCGGGCGGCGAGGAGGGCAAGGGGGAUGGGGGCAAGGGGCUGGUGCAUCUGGGCUGCGGGGUUGUGCUGGGGGCGUUUGCGCUUUGGAGGUUUCUGUAUUAA